AUGGAAAUUUUGAGAGAACAAGCAGGAUUUAUUGCGAGUCAAAGAAAGUUCACCUUAGACAUGUUUCAAGAAUUUGAUGUGUCUCAUCUGCCUCGAGUCAGUUCUCCUUUGGAUCCUGCCCUCAAGCUUCAGGCUGAUGACGGAGAAUAUCUGCAAAACCCAACUUUAUUUCGUCAUGUAGUUGGCAAGCUGAAUUAUUUAACAAAUACUAGACCAGAUCUUUCAUUUGCUGUACUCACCCUCAGUCAAUACAUGCAGAAGCCAUGUGUGUCACAUCUCUCUACUGCUUUGCGAGUUCUCAAAUAUGUCAGUUCUGAUCCAGGAAAAGGAAUCCUAUUGGAUUCAAGAAGGUCCGUUAGUGGUUUCUUUAUCACUCUAGGAGGAGCUCCCAUCUCCUGGAAAUCAAAGAAGCAGAUCUCAAUUUCUUUGUCCUCUGCCGAAGCAGAGUAUAGAUCUAUGCGAAGGGUUACUGCAGAGCUUACCUGGUUGGUACGAAUUCUCGAGGAUCUAUCAGCACCAAUUACUCUACCAAUUCCCCUUCAUUCUGAUAGCAAGGCGGCAAUUCACAUCGCCCGGAAUCCCGUCUUUCAUGAACGCACAAAAUAUGUCGAAAUUGACUGUCAUUUUGUGCGUAAACAAUUUCUUUCAGGGCUAAUUACUCUCUCCUUUGUUCCUUCUAAAGCACAGCUUGCAGACAUCUUCACGAAGCCUCUUUCUGGGGUUUCUCAUCGAGAUAUUUUGGGCAAGUUAGGAGGCACCAAGUUCCCCUCUAACUUGAGAGGGGAUGUUGAGAAGAAAAAGCCCCCUCAUAAUUCUGAUUUUCAUGGUGGUUCAUCGAGAGAUAGAGAAGAAGAUGAGAUGAAGAAGAAGAAGCAGACCUAA